CCCCUGGCCCAGUAACCGAGCCACACCCCGCUCCGCACGCGCGGCGUCACGUGACAGCUGGCCCUCCACCCACCACCCACCCCCGCCAACGGCCUGGUUGCUUGUUCCGCGCUCCGGCGGCUCUUCUAGUUCAGCGCGGGCGAGCGGCAGAGGGGGAGAUGGCAGCCGCCCUGCAGCGCGUGGAACGGCUGUCCAGUCGGGUGAUUCGCGUCCUGGGCUGUAACCCGGGCCCCAUGACCUUGCAGGGCACCAACACCUACCUGGUGGGGACGGGCCCCAGGAGAAUCCUCAUUGACACUGGAGAACCAGCAAUCCCAGAAUACAUCAUCUGUUUAAAGCAGGCUCUGACAGAAUUUAACACAGCCAUCCAGGAAAUCAUAGUGACCCAUUGGCACCGUGAUCAUACCGGAGGCAUAGGAGAUAUUUGUAAAAACAUCCAUAAUGACAGUACAUACUGCGUUAAAAAACUCCCACGGAAUCCCGAGAGAAAAGAAACUGUAGGAGAUGGAGAGCAGCAGUACGUUUAUGUGAAAGAUGGAGAUGUGAUUAAGACUGAAGGCGCCACACUAAGAGUUAUAUACACACCUGGCCACACUGAUGAUCAUAUGACCCUACUUUUAGAAGAGGAAAAUGCUCUCUUUUCUGGAGAUUGCAUCCUAGGGGAAGGAACAACCGUAUUUGAAGACCUCUAUGAUUAUAUGCGCUCCCUAAAAGAGUUAUUAAAAAUCAAAGCUAAAGUUAUAUAUCCAGGACAUGGCCCAGUAAUCCAUAAUGCCGAAGCUAAAAUUCUACAAUACAUUUCUCACAGAAAUAUCCGAGAACAGCAAAUGCUUACGUUAUUUCAUGAGAACUUUGAAAAGUCCUUCACAGCAAUGGAUCUUGUAAAAGUUAUUUACAAGGAUACUCCUGAGCAUUUACAUAAAAUGGCCGAACAUAACCUCUUACUUCAUUUGAAAAAAUUAGAAAAGGAAGGAAAGAUAUUUAGCAUCAUGGAUCCUGAGGAGAAAUGGAAAGCUCAUCUUUAGUUUCAGCUUAAAGAAAGAUUUUGUUGUUUUGUUUUUAGAGAAUGGUAUGUUUUGUUAACUAUUAAUUAUUUACAGAGAAUAUAGCAUGUGGAACAUUGAAAAUAAUCCUAAAUAUACUUUAACAUCAUACUUAUUCUAAAGUAUGUAAAUUACAUUUUACACCUAUAAUAUUAGCUAUUUGUCUCACCUAGGUCUUAUAACAUUUUACCAAAAAUUCAAAAUCCAAUAGUUUAUCCAUUUUCAAUACAUAAAAUAAGUUUCUUUUAAAAUAAUUUAUGUCAUUUAAACUGGAUUUUAUUCUUAGAGGUUAUUUAUCUAUUACCAGUGGUCAGUAAUACUGUUUUUUUAUAGCUGCUUCAAUUAACAGCGCAGAUUUCAGUGUAAUCCUUCCUUUUCUGCAACCUUCGUCUAUAUCUGCAGAUUACAGGCUUGUUUUCAUGUUUCUAUCAAUUAUAUCAUGUUUAUAUAUCAGUUCUAUACCUCUGUAUCACGUAUACUUUCUCAUAGUGGCAUCCUACAAAUGAUUCAUGUAAAUCAACUUCUGGUAAUAGAAAAAUAUUAAAUUCCCAAUUAAAGUCAUUGUAUAUAAAUAAUUAUUUCUGUAAUCCAUUAGUACAACCAACUUACUUUCCAAAUUUAGGUUUUCAUAUAUAGUCAUCAACAUAUAUAUGAAUUAUAUACCAAAGUUUUUAAAAUUAGAAUAUUAUAAGACAGAAUUUUUUAUAAGAAGUGUUUAUAAAUAGUGGUUAGGGGACUUCCCUGGUGGCGCAGUGGUUGAGUCCACCUGCCAGUGCAGGGGACAUGAGUUCGAGCUCUGGUCCAGGAAGAUCCUACAUGCCACGGAGCAACUAAGCCCGUGCACCAUGACUACUGAGCCUGCACUCUUAGAGCCCAUGAGCCACAACUGCUGAGCCCGUGCACCACAACUACUGAAGCCCACGUGCCUAGAGCCCGUGCUCUGCAACAAGAGAAGCCACCACGAUGAGAAAACCAUGCACCACAACGAAGAGCAGUCCCCGCUCGCCACAACUAGAGAAAACCCGCGCACAGCAAUGAAGACCCAGUGCAGCCAAAAAUAAAUAAUUUUUUAAAAAAUAGAUAAGCAACAAGCAUAUCUAUUUAAAGUAAAUAGUAGUUAGGGGGACUUCCCUGGUGGCACAGUGGUUGAGAAUCCGCCUGCCAAUGCAGGGGACACGGGUUCGAUCCCUGGUCCGGGAAGAUCGCACAUGCCGCGGAGCAACUAAGCCCAUGUGCCACAACUACUGAGCCCGUGCUCUAGAGCCCAUGAACCACAACUACUGAGCCCGCGUGCUGCAACUACUGAAGCCCGCACACCUAGAGCCCACGCUCCACAGCGAGAGAAGCCACUGCAAUGAGAAGCCCCCACACUGCAGCGAAGAGUAGCCCCUGCUCGCUGCAACUAGAGAAAGCCCGCGCGCAGCAAUGAAGACCCAACACAGCCAAAAGUAAAUAAAUAAAAUAGAUAAAUUUAAAAUAAAAUAAAAAUAUAUAAUGAGUUGUCUUUAAAAAAAAAAUAGUAGUUAGGUUCUAAGGUAGCCCACCAAUGCUUAUUUAACCCAUAAGGUUGCCAAAUGACAAUACAAAAAUGAGCUCAGAAUCCUGAAAGUAUACUUUCUUUUCUCUUUUCUAAAGACUUUUUAAAAAUUCUUUAAAAACUUUAACAUCCUUACCUCUUCCUGCCACUUUUCCAAAGGCCCCUAGGAUUUUCAUACCAUUCUAAACUCUGGAGACCUGUUGUGUUCCUGAAACCAUUCCAUAUUACAAAAUGACUGUGAACUCAACAACAAAAAACAAACAACCCAGUUCAAAAAUGGGCAAAGGAC